AUGCAGAGCCUCAUCGCCGUAGCCCUCCUCCUAAUGGCGCCGGCGGCCGCCCUCACGCCGCCGACACCGGCGCGCGCACGGCCGCGCACGGCGCUCCGCAGUAUCAAGGUCACCUACAUCGAGCCCGACGCCGCCGCGGAGAUGGGCGUGCGCGAGUGGCCCUUCUCGGAUCGGAAGGACGGCGCCGAGGAGACGGUGCCGGCCGGCGCCCAACGAUAUGUUUUGAAAGGAACGGGCACGGUAGAGUGCUCGGACUACGCGGGCGGCGUGGCGGACGACGAGGCUCAAACGGUCGGCCCGGGGUCGUUGGUUGAAUGCGAGGCGCAGACGAAUCUGCGAUGGCGUUGUGAAGAGGGCCAGUUCACGGUCCUCACGCCGUCCUUCGAGGACUGGACGGAGUACCUCUCGACGGUCGCGAUCCUGAUCCUCUUCUUCGGGUUUCUGCUGGCGAACGCCGGUAGUUUUGGCUAA